UUGAAGAUAUCAAUGGAAGGUGAAGGUGGUGCUUGGAAGCAGUGUGAUGAGGAUAUAACUCUGAAUAAUCCUCUACUAUCAGAACAUGAAGGAAACCAAAUUUCUGGUAGUGGUCUCCCCAACAAUGUCAUUACCACAACAUCUUUCCUUAAAACUUGUUUCAAUGGCCUCAAUGCUUUAACAGGCAUUGGAAUACUAUCAGUUCCAUAUGCUUUAGCCUCAGGCGGGUGGCUAAGUUUAGCACUUUUAUUUUCUAUUGCAACAAUAGCAUUCUACACAGGUUUAUUAAUGAAAAGAUGUAUGGAAAAACAUUCCAACAUUAAAAUAUUUCCUGAUAUAGGUGAACUUGCAUUUGGAAAAACCGGAAGAUACAUAGUAUCAAUAUCGAUGUAUACAGAACUAUACUUGGUUUCAACUGGGUUCUUGAUUCUAGAAGGAGAUAAUUUGAGUAACUUAUUUCCUAUUGGAGAGUUUCAAGUGGUUGGUUUAUCAAUUUGUGCAAAGCAAUUCUUUGUGGUAUUGGUUGCAUUAAUUAUUUUGCCAACAAUUUGGUUGGAUAAUUUGAGUUUGCUUUCAUAUGUUUCUGCUAGUGGUGUUUUUGCUUCAGUUAUAAUUAUUUUGUCAAUAUCUUGGACUGCAACAUUUGAUGGAAUUGGCUUUCACCAAAAGGGUGAUAUUGUGAAUUGGAAUGGGAUUCCAACAACUGUAAGCUUGUAUGCUUUUUGUUAUUGUGCACAUCCGAUUUUUCCUACUCUCUACAAUUCCAUGAGCAACAAACAUCAAUUCUCCAUUGUCCUAAUUGUUUGCUUUGUAUUAACCACCAUUGGUUAUGCAUCAAUGGCUAUAAUUGGUUAUUUAAUGUUUGGUUCAAAAGUUGAAUCACAAGUAACAUUAAAUUUGCCACUAAACAAAAUAAGUUCAAAAAUUGCAAUAUACACGACUUUGGUGAAUCCAAUAUCAAAGUUUGCUUUGAUGGCAACACCAAUUAUAAAUGCUUUGAAAGAUUUACUUCCAAGGACAUACAAGAAUAUUAGAGUGACCAACAUCUUUGUGAGCACUGUCUUUAUAAUUAGUAAUGUUAUUGUUGCAUUGAGUGUUCCAUUCUUUGGAUCUCUUAUGUCAUUGGUUGGAGCAUUUCUAAGUGUUACUGCUUCUGUUCUGCUUCCUUGUUUGUGUUACUUGAAGAUUUUUGGUACUUAUAGGAAAUUUGGGUUUGAGACAAUGACUAUAGUGAUGAUAGUAUUAGUAGCUAUAGUAAUGGAAAUAUCUGGGACAUAUAUUUCAAUUGUUGAAAUAGUACAAAAUUUGUAAUAGACAGUGUAUUAUUUUGUAGUCUAUUCUUAUU